AUGGAAAGAGAAAGAAAGGUGCUGAUGAAACACAAUCGCCUGAUGAUAAAAUGGAAGAAAGAGUUAAAAGAAACAGAAAGACCAGCAGUCGCUGAUAAAAAUGAUUCUUCAUCAAAGGUGUACAAAUCUUUCAUGUCAUUUGCUUGUGCAGUCAUUGGGAAAAUUGCAGAAUUUGGUGCCUUGAAAGAUGGUCAUAUAUAUGUGGGAAUGAAAUCAGGAUAA